CUCCCACUCCGCUCGCGUCGCGUCUCGCCGUGAAUCCGUCCGCCCCCCCGCGGCCGGUUGAUGAAGCAGAGAGGCCUCGCGCACAACCGCCGCUCCCGCGGCUUCUCCCGAUCCCGCCGCGCCGUCGAGGGCGCCUGAACCUCACGCACUCUCACUAACAAAAACAACACGAAACGGAUCAUCCCUCCCUCUCUCUCUCUCUCUCUCUCUCUCUCUCUCUCUCUCUCUCUCUCUCCGCGCGCUCUCGUCUGGAUUUCUGAAACGCCAACUCGAACGAUGGACGCCGUCGCGGCGAAUGGUGUCGGGGAGGUGGAGAGGAAGGCGCAGCGGAGCUACUGGGAGGAGCACUCCAAGGCCCUCACCGUCGAGGCCAUGAUGCUCGACUCCCGCGCCGCCGACCUCGACAAGGAGGAGCGCCCCGAGAUCCUGUCUGUACUCCCAUCUUACAAAGGGAAAUCAGUACUGGAGCUUGGUGCUGGAAUAGGACGUUUUACUGGGGAACUGGCAAAAGAAGCUGGUCAUGUUUUAGCUCUAGAUUUCAUUGAAAGUGUUAUUAAGAAGAAUGAAAACACAAACGGGCAUCACAAGAACAUAACCUUUAUGUGUGCUGAUGUCACAUCUGCGGACCUGAAGAUCGAAGAUAACUCUAUCGAUCUCAUAUUUUCAAACUGGCUACUAAUGUACCUUUCAGAUGAGGAGGUGAAGAAGCUAGUAGGAAGGAUGGUGAAAUGGCUGAAGGUAGGUGGCCAUAUAUUCUUUAGGGAGUCGUGCUUUCACCAAUCUGGAGAUUCCAAAAGGAAAGUGAAUCCAACACACUACCGGGAGCCACGGUUCUACACAAAGGUAUUUAAAGAAUGCCAUUCCUAUGAUAAAGAUGGCGGUUCUUAUGAACUUUCUCUAGAAGCAUGCAAGUGCAUAGGGGCUUACGUGAAAAGCAAAAAAAACCAAAAUCAGAUAUGUUGGCUAUGGGAAAAGGUUAAGUCGACAGAAGACAGAGGGUUUCAAAGAUUUCUGGACAACGUGCAAUACAAAACCAGUGGAAUCUUACGGUAUGAGCGUGUCUUCGGAGAGGGUUUUGUCAGCACUGGUGGAAUCGAGACAACGAAGGAAUUUGUGGAGAAGCUGGAUCUUAAACCUGGACAUAAAGUGCUUGAUGUUGGUUGCGGAAUUGGAGGCGGCGACUUCUAUAUGGCUGAAAACUACGAUGCCCAUGUUCUUGGUAUUGAUCUUUCCAUUAACAUGGUUUCAUUUGCAAUCGAACGUGCCAUUGGACGCAAAUGCUCGGUUGAGUUUGAAGUUGCUGAUUGCACCACAAAGUCAUACCAACCAAAUACAUUUGAUGUGAUCUACAGCCGUGACACCAUCCUUCACAUACAUGAUAAACCUGCUUUGUUCAGAAGUUUCUUCAAGUGGCUGAAACCUGGGGGCAAAGUCCUCAUCAGUGAUUACUGCAGGAGUCCUGGAAAACCAUCAGAAGAAUUUGCUGCAUACAUUAAGCAGAGAGGCUAUGACCUACAUGACGUGAAGACUUAUGGAAAGAUGCUUGAGGAUGCCGGUUUUCACCAUGUCACUGCUGAAGACCGCACAGACCAGUUUUUGCGUGUUCUGCAGAGGGAACUUGCUGAAGUUGAAAAGAACAAAGACGCCUUCUUGGCCGACUUCACCCAGGAGGAUUACGAUGACAUCGUGAACGGCUGGAACGCGAAGCUGAAGCGGAGCUCUGCCGGUGAGCAGAAGUGGGGGCUGUUCGUUGCGACCAAAUGAUUCAGAAGCAGGGAGGGUUCUUCAAGACUUCCGAAUAAAACGGGUGUUGUUGUUGUGGCUUCUAUAGUUGUUGCCGAUUUGUUUAUGCUAUUGUGUGUGUGAUGUACUUUUCAGUUCAAGUAGACCGGUAAUUUUGUGAUGGUUACCUAGUUUGAAUAUUCCACGUGUGAAUGUACUGUACGUUAAAGUCAGUCAGUUUGAAAGUACGUAUUCUCGUCGUAUACAUCGAGAAAUGUAUUCAUGUUUUGCACA